UCGGACGCUUCGUCAGUCGAGUUCUGGCCGUUCCGAGCGUUGGCAGUGGCUUGCGCUUUUACCCCGGGGGGACUCCGUGUGGACCGACACACGACGGUGGAACGGAUUGUGGGUUCGAGUGUGGGUGUGUGAGUGUGUGGCGGGUGGCCACAGGUUCCGGAAUCCUUGGAGCGCCGUCGCUGGGAUAGCCCAAGGAUAUUGGAGGAGGUGCAAGUGCAAAAAAGAAGGUUCAAGGUUGUGUGGCAGGAUCUUUGGAGUUUUGACGGGGUAAGGUGGUCUUCGAGUGCGUUUGGAGAGAAGUUUUCCCCCCCGAAAGAAACCGGAAGUGGAAGGAAAAAUCGUUUCAAGUUUCAUGCUUUUCGGUGGUGAAAAGGAAGAAAGUGGUAGGUCAGUGAAGUGGAUAUUGGCUAGAUGAAUUGUGUAACAUUCUAGUCAACUGGAAGGAAGAGUGGUGUUCCCGAAAAAAAGUAUUUUCCUCAAUUAGGUGUGUCCAAUUUCGGAUAUCUGUAAGUGCACUGUUGCUUCAACAUUUAAUUAGUCCAAGGGCACACAGAAAGAGAGACCAGAGAUGAACCCCACGGAUUAUCUAACAGAGUGAACGCUCCCGUUCGGAAGGAUCAAGGGACAAAGACCCUCCCGGAACCACCCCCGGGACACGCGGAUUGGCCACGGAAAGGACACAUGAGUGAUCGCGAUGUGUAGGAUUCCGUUAUGGCCCUGGUUAGCCAUAGCCUGGAGGAGAUGGUGGAGCGUCGCGCUAAUCGUCGGGGUCAGUUUGUUGGCCCAAAGCCCACAUUGCGCCGUCGUCGCGAGUGCCGCACAGUCAAGUGGUUUAAGAACAAACGAUGGAAGCAGUGCUGCCAGCCCGGUUGUUGCUGCUGAUGGAGCUGCGGCGACCGGAAGUGGAAGUUACUCGUCGUAUUCGUCGCUGCCGGCGUCGAGCAAAGCUAGUGUGGAAGCCAUCGAGGACUCGCUACAGACCAUCCACGACAUCGCUACGGAAAACUUGGGCACCCUCUGCCUCACCAAGCAGUUCCGACCGCUGCGGAUCACCCUGAAUCCGGAACGGUACGCCGGUGCCCGGCAAAAGGCUGAUCUGGCCGCGGUCGUCCUGCAGGAUGUUGGUGUGGCACGACACUCUGGUCUUCUGGACGCCCUGGCAAAGGGGCUGCUGUCGGACCAGCACGUAACCAGCGCCCGCAUUCUGUCGAUCAACAUGUCCGACGGGAUGGUGGCCAACUCGGUCUGGUGGAACAAGCCAACGAGCGGGAUGGCGGGCCCGAUCCGGACCGAAGAGGAGGGAAUUGCGAUCGGGAAGAGUCCUGAUCCGAGCUAUCCAUGGUUCGAGGACGAAUCCUCCUCGCCGGGGCUGCGUUCACCCAAGUUCGCACCCUCACCACUAAACAUAUCGUACCGGGGCUGGUGGACGUACCCGUACUACUCCUGCACCCACAAGCGCUGGAUCCUGUCGUACAGCGUCGCGAUACCACCGAUGGGAAGGCACGGAUUGCGUGGCUUCCUGAGCAUCGACAUCGACAUCUCGGAUCUGCAGGUCAACCAGUGUGACAACGCGAACAAGCUGGAGAUCAUGAGCUACAACUACCACCUUAGACAAUACUAUCCGUUUGUGCGGAACAUUAAGCUCAGCGAGGAGAACGAACAGCUGAACCAGAUCGAGGCGUUCCACGGGUCGCACAAGUGUCACGUGCACAGCAUGCGGUGCGUGUACCGGCCGGUCAGCGUUACGGCGGCGGCCAUCAACAUGAACUACAAUCACUACAGCAACACGAGCAGCUUUACGAACGCCACCGGGGGAAGUGGCGCGGCCAUGAUCAGCAAGAGCCUUCGGAUCAUCCAGGGCUGGACGCGGGGGGCGUACGAGUGCAAGUGCCGGGACGGGUUCUACUCGUUGCCACAUCCGCAGGGCUUCAACGGGAGCAUCAUGGAGGUGGCCUUUCAGGAGUACCGGGACAACAUUAGUUCCUACUACAUGGACGUGUUCGUUUGUGUCCGGUGUGCGCCCGGGUGUGCCACCUGUACGGGGCCAGAACCGUGCCUAGCCAGUUACAACUGGGUGUUCAGGACGACCCUGCUCACCUUCUCGGUGAUGUGUGCCGGCUUCACCGUAGUUCUGGUGCUGUACAUGUACCAGCACCGCAAGGUCAAGGUGUUCAAGGUGGCCAGUCCGAUCUUCCUCACCAUCACCCUGCUGGGUUGUGCCUUCAUGUAUCUGGAGAUGGCGGCCAUCUUCCCGAUCCUGGACACGUACUCGUGCAUCGCCACCAAGUGGACCCGCCACAUGGGCUUCUGCGUGACCUACACGGCACUGCUCAUGAAGACCUGGCGCGUCUCGCUGACCUACCGCGUCAAGUCGGCCCACAAGGUCAAGCUGACCGACAAGCAGCUGCUCCAGUGGAUGGUCCCAAUUCUGCUGGUGAUGCUCAUCUAUCUGGGCACGUGGACACUGUCCGCACCACCGACGGCCGAAAAGAUCGUCGACCAGAACGGACUAAUAUUUAAACAAUGCUCGUACAACUGGUGGGACCACAGUCUGGCCAUCGGUGAGGUUCUGUUCCUGGCGUGGGGCAUCCGCGUCUGCUACAACGUCCGCAACGCCGAAUCCCUGUACAACGAGGCCCGGCUCAUCUCGUACGCCAUCUACAAUAUCGCGCUCGUUAACACCACCAUGGUUGCGUUCCACUUAUUCUUCUUCCCCCAAGCUGGCCCCGACAUCAAGUAUCUGCUGGGCUUCCUGCGAACCCAGCUGAGCACAUCCGUCACGAUAGCGCUGGUCUUUGGACCGAAAGUGCUGCGGAUUUUGCGCGGCCAGGGUGACCAGUGGGAUCAGCGGGCCCGGAAGCGCGGCAUCACGGCGUCCUUUUCGCUCAACGGAAUCGGGCUGGUGCCGGAGGAAACCGCCGACCUGUACCAGGAAAACGAGGAACUGAAGGAAGAGAUUCAGAAACUCGCUGCUCAAAUUGAAUUCAUGAAGAUUGUUCACAUGGAGAUGAACAAUCGCCACCUGAAGCCAAAGCCGGGCAGUUACUUCACGCUGAAGAGCCCCCUCGGCAAAAGUAUUGGGGCCGGGGGGCUGCACUCGUCCCACCGGUACAAACACCCGCCGAAGGAGGACUCACUGAAGGAGAACAGCGGCGUCAUCACCGAGGACGGCCACAGCGGGGGCACCAACAGCUGCUACUCCGGGACGGCCAAUUCGAUUGGCUUCCCAUCAACAACUACAACAACGCACAUCGGUCAGCAGCAGCAAGUCCCGCCACAAUCCAACGGAACUGAAAGGGUAUGACAUGGCUACCGAGGUGGAUCACCAGCAACAGCAACAGCAUCGCCAUCAGCAUCCGUCGUAGUUGUCUUCGAAACCCCUCCCGCAACCCCACCCCAGCGUGGCCACUGGCCGUCCCCAUCCCCAUCAACAACCCCCACGUGUACGACCACCGACAGUAGCAACCGCAACGAUGGCGUCAACAUGAAUUACAGUCUCGGAAGGAAGAAGCAAAAGGUCGACGAGCAGCAGCAGCAGUACAGCAACAACAAUAACAACCACUCUAAACUGUCAACAACAGUAACAACAUCAUCAACGGACAGGACCAACAACAACAACAACUUAAACGACGACGAGUUACGGGAACCGGAACAGCAGCAACAGAUUGAAAUCGUCCCGUCAACGACGAUGACGUUUUCUUCGUCACGCUCGGCGGACCAGCACCAGGAACCACAGGAACAGCGCUACAAUCGGAUAAAUAAUAACCAUGUAAUUGCUGGUGUUGUCGCCGGUCCGGUGGAAUGUCCCCGUGGAGAAACAGUCGAAUCUGUUGCUUGCGGUGAUGAAUGUGAUGCAGCAACAGUAAUAGAAGUGUGCAUAAGUGGUGGUCCUUGUCCAAGUCCGGCAGAUGUUCCUACCCCUACCAACGACGGUGGCCAUGAAUCACCCGGCAAAAGCGAUGUCGACACCAGAAUCCCUGUGUAUGUUUGAUCCUGGCAACCUCCCGGGGGAAGGUCGGGAAAGUAGUAGCAGAGUGGUGGCGGGGUUACAAAGAGCAAGGAGUAAAACAACUAGCAAAGACAGUACCCCGCAGGAUCGCCGGACCCCUGGGCGGAAGUGAGCUGAAAAUUGAUUUAUUAACUUCAUCCUGAAACGCAACUACCGCCGACGCUCAAAUUGGACAAGAGAGGAAGCAGCAAGCAAAAAAAUGACAACUAGCGGCUGUGUCCCUGCGUGUGGCCACGAGACGGUUCCCGCGAUAAUGAUUGCGCGUGAAGGUCGUCGUCAUCGGCGCAAAUAUCCAUCAGCUUUCAGAGACAUCAAUGGCGUCGACACCCCCACGUUGUGCUAAUUAUUAUCGAAAAGUUAUUACAUGAUACCAAUGCUUUUCACCCUCCUCCUCAUCGCAACACUUUGCUUGAGUUGAUUUAUUUUCGCCUGAGUUGUGAGGAAAUAACUUUAAUUAGGCAAACUUUUCCAUUUUCGCAGUUCGUACAAGUUUUGUGACGCAGUCCACCUCGGGUAGCUUGACAGGUUGGGAAGAAAAAUAUGGUGACAAUAAUGCAAGAAGAAAAUAAUCACAAAUUUCAGGAGAAAACAUCUGAAGUAGUCUUUCAAGUAGUAGGGGCAUUAUUGCUACAAACAAGUGAGAAUCGAAGAUUUCAAACGAAAUGCAUUUCAAUCAACGGAUUGUUGGAAAGUUGGUGAAGAUUGACCGAGUCUGUCUUAGAAUAAUUUAGAUGAAUUCUUUUUUCAGAUGGAAAUAUUUUACGAAAAAAGGUAGCCAAAUAAUCUUAAAUUAGUGAGACAACCUUUAACCCUCAAAACAAUAAGCCUAUUGUCAAUUUGGAAACAAUCUUUAAGUACAACUUAUUUAACGACAAAUCAAACUGAUCAUCCUCAUCUCCCUCGAACGAUGACUGUGUGUAGAGCAGACGAACUGGUGUAGCAGUAGUUAAUGAGAACUAAUAAUUAGAAGAAAAAAAGCGAAACAAUAUGCACAAACAAUGUUCGAUGUCACUAUUAGAAUCAACUCGAAAGGUGUAAAAAAUAUGGUUACUGUAAAAUGCUGCGAUG